UGUUACACUCGGUUCGACUAAACAGUACAAAAAAUAGUACUGUAGUGAUUGCCUUGUCAGUACAAAGAGUCGUUCAAAGGGAACGAAUAUUUCGCGAACUGCGUGUCACUCGUUGAGGCGCAGUUGCGUACUGUAGUAGUUUGAUUUCCAAAGAAGAUUGUCAAUUUACAUUUAUCGACAGAAGCUACAAAAGGAACUUCAGUUGAAGGUGUACGCAAACGUUUCUAAACCAUAAGAGAUGUCUCUCUCAGGCUGGGUAUGUUUGGUCACUGGUGCCUCUCGGGGCAUAGGAAGGGGCAUUGCUCUGCAGCUUUCAGAGGCGGGAGCUACUGUCUACAUUACUGGUCGCCAGGAGAAGACCCUGAAGGAAGCUGCGGUUCAGGUGAAAGAGAGGGGUGGGAACUGUGUGCCAGUUGUCUGUGAUUCUUCUAAUGAUGAAGACAUAAAAGAUCUAUUUGAUAAAAUCCAAUGUGAGCAGAAUGGAAGACUGGAUAUCUUAGUCAACAAUGCCUAUGCUGGUGUACAGGAUAUUUUCACUAACAUUGGGAAGAAGUUCUGGGAAACGGAUCCAACUAUAUGGGAUUCCAUAAAUAACACUGGCCUCCGGGGACAUUAUUUCUGCUCAGUGUAUGCUUCACGGAUGAUGGUGGCACAGGGCAGGGGCUUGAUUGUUGUCAUCUCUUCUAUGGGAGGGUUGAGGUAUCUCUUCAAUGUGUCUUAUGGGGUUGGUAAAGCUGCGUGUGACAGGCUAGCUGCAGACACAGCAGUUGAGCUGAGGAGCAGGGGAGUAGCAUCAGUCAGCCUGUGGCCUGGAGCAGUUCAGACAGAGUUGGUGUCUCAAAUCCUCUUUGAGAAAGAUGCUCCCCCUGGUGUUGAUUCUAAGUUCAGAGAUGUUUUUGCCAAUGGAGAAACUACAGAGCUGAGUGGAAGGUGCAUUGUUGAGCUGGCAAAAGAUAAAAACCUGAUGUCGCUUUCAGGAAAAGUGUUGAUGACCUGUGACCUGGCUAGGCGCUACAGGUUACAAGAUGUUGACGGUCGCAGUGUGACUGACUACACAUCCCUUAAAUUCCUCCUGACUCAAGUCCCAUAUCUAUCCUGGCUUUCCUCGAUGGUACCUUCAUUCCUCCGGGUUCCUCGGUUUGUUCUUACCCUCACCAACGGACGUUUCUGAGCUGCAAAGAUCUUUUGACAUGCUAAUUACAGCUGUGGAAGUAAUGUCCUUUACAUGGUAUUCCUAUAAGUACAUACUAAAUCAUUAUAAUUCUGUGUUUAUAUGCAUGUGAAGGAUCAGCACUGUAAUGAUCUGUAUUACCCGAAUGUAUAAGCUUACAAGUGGUUAAACUCUGACAUAAGUAAGCCCCAAGUCAAUACUAAAUUACUAAUAACUGUUUUUCAUAAAAUGCUAUUUCUAAAAACUAAAAUAAGUAUAUGAUAUAAUUCUAUGAAGGUAAAUACCAGCUGUGAUGUUAAGCAGUGUUUUAAAACACAAAUUAAAUGUGAAUGUAUUUUGUAAUACUUCAAUAAAAUUCUGUAUUCCUA